AUGGCCCCAUCAAUUUCACCGCGUAUGGCCGACUCAUCCAACACUGCACCGACCACCUGCUGGUGUGAUGACAUGGCAUCGGCUAGGACUUUGUUUCAUUGGAUGCCUGAGCGAGAUCUGGUGACGUGGAACUCGAUGAUUUCUGGGUUUUCUCAAUGUGGGUUUCACGAGGAUUGCAAGAGAUUGUAUAAGGAAAUGUUGGCUUUGGAGUAUUUAAGACCAAAUGGGGUUACAGUAGUGAGUGUUUUACAGGCGUGUUCACAGUCGAAUGAUCUCGUGUUAGGGAUGGAAGUUCAUCGUUUUGUGAUUGAGAAUGAAAUUGAAAUGGAACUUUCGGUUUGUAACUCAAUUAUUGCUUUGUAUGCAAAAUGUGGUAGCUUGAAUUAUGCUAGAGAACUUUUUGAAGAGAUGAGUGAGAAGGAUGAAAUUACUUAUGGUGCAAUUAUUUCUGGAUACAUGGUUCAUGGAUUUGUUGACCAUGCUAUGAAACUUUUUAGGGAAAUGAAAAACCCUGUGUUGAGUACUUGGAAUGCUGUGAUUUCAGGUCAGGUUCAGAACAACCAUCACGAGGGAGUUUUAGAUUUAGUUCGUGAGAUGCAGGCAUUUGGAUGCAGACCGAAUACUGUAACGCUCUCAAGCAUUCUCCCUACAUUGUCAUAUUUUUCAAAUUUGAAAGGAGGCAAAGAAAUACAUGCGUACACCAUUAGAAAUAGCCAUGAUAAAAAUAUUUAUGUGGCAACUGCAAUUAUUGACACCUAUGCAAAAUUGGGACAUAUUAAUGGUGCACAAAGAGUUUUUGAACGGUCAAAAGAUAGGAGUGUGAUUGUUUGGACGGCAAUAAUUUCAGCUCAUGCAGCCCAUGGAGAUGCCAAAGCAGCACUUAGUCUGUUUGAUGAGAUGCUGGAUGACGGGACACAGCCAGACCCUGUCACAUUUACAGCCGUCUUGGCUGCUUGUGCUCAUUCUGGGCUGGUGAAAGAUGCUUGGACAAUAUUUGAGGCCAUAUUCCCAGAAUAUGGUAUUCCGCCCUCAGUUGAGCAUUAUGCUUGCAUGGUAGGAGUACUAAGCCGAGCUGGCAAGCUUUCUGAAGCAGUAGAAUUUAUUAAGCAAAUGCCAAUUGAACCAAGUGGCAAAGUUUGGGGUGCAUUGCUCAAUGGGGCUUCAGUUUCUGGUGAUGUUGAGCUUGGGAAGUUUGUUUGUGAUCAUUUGUUUGAGAUGGAACCUGAAAAUACAGGAAAUUACAUCAUCAUGGCAAAUUUAUAUUCAAGGGCUGGGAGAUGGCAAGAAGCUGAAAAUGUCAGGGAAAAGAUGAAGAGUAUUGGAUUGGAGAAAAUUCCAGGCAGUAGUUGGAUAGAAACAUUUGGAGGGGUUCAAAAGUUUAUAGCUAGAGACGUGUCAAAUGAAAGAGUUGAAGAAAUUUAUGGGAUGUUAGAGGGAUUACUUGAGAUAAUGAUAGAAGAAGGGUAUGUUUUCAUGGAUGAAUUUGAUGAGGAAAGUGUUUGUUACUGAUUACCAAAGUGGUCAAUGUUAUUGAAAUUGCAGAUGAAGGAUGGUGAGGGAGCAUUCAACCUUAAAGGCCCCUUAUUUCACACUGAUCUGUGGAUAUUGUACAACAACCUACCGUAAAGAAAUGCUUUUGGUUAGGAUUUGGAACUAUUAGAAGUGCCAUUCCAGACGGAAUUAAACUCACUGGAGUGGCCAAUGGUCCUGCGUGGAAUUCAGUUAGGACAUGCUUUGUUUUCCCUCAUUGAGAAGGUUAAUGAUUGUGGCCUGCGGGGACCAUCAACAUAGAGGUCGCCACUGUUAACACUCACUUGGGCACAAUCUUGGUCAUCUAUUUUGAUCACUUUGUUGAAGAGCCAUAAUUACAAAGUUUUGUAUCUUAAGUGAGUUUUCAAGAAACUGCCCAACUAGAUUCAUGAACUCCCAAAGCUCCAUCCAAGAGUGGCCAGACACGUAUUUCUUUGAUCAUCUGGAAAAUGAGAAAGGCAUCUCUGCACAUUGGAUGAUUGCAUUUGUCUUUUUGAAAAAUCUGGUAGCCCAUGUGUGCAAUUUUGCAAGUUCAGCUUAAUUACUGCUGCUGAUUAGCUGCUGCCUGGUUCGGACUAAUUGACUGGUUGGAUUACCACAUUCUGUCAAUAAAUUUUGUCUCAAGUAACAUUAUUGUCUUGUGUUUGUAUUAGGGACUCUUCAUAUUCUC